AGUUCUUCGAGCGACCUGUCAUCAAUUCAGCACUUAUUAGCACACACACGACUGUAAGCACGACGCUGAGAGGCCUCACUCUGUCUUUGAUAUCGUAAAUAUACGGGCAGGUAUUGCAGGCAAACCGAAAAGACGUUGGACCUUCUUCAAUAACCAAAAUUGUUAUGUCAUUUAGUCUAUCUAUCCUGGAUAUUAAGACCUUAUCCGGGAUGUGGAUCUCGACUGCAGGUAUGUGAUUCCGACCGGUGUUGGUCAUUACUGAUGGCGCUAGGUCGUCAUUUUGGACGUUUGAACUUGGCAUCCGUCGUUUUCCAGUCUGUUAGAAGACCAACCAGGCAGUUUGUGGCUUCCGUACACGAACAGACUCAUGAAAACCGAAUCCAUCAGUUGUACAGUCGACACGAUGGCUCCGUGUCUGUAUCAGCUAUUAUUAAGGAUCUCGAGGGUAUGGGCAUAAGACGAACAGAUCCGCGUCUACAAGAGAGCAUGUCGCAAUUGUUUGAGGCUCAAGAUCAGAACAACGGAAUAAUGAGUGAACAGGAUUUUAAGAGUGCUCUUGCACCGAAUCUCUCACUUAUAUCGCGAGCACUGCAGGCUCACUUAGUAAUUCCCAACUUCUCAAAGUUCAGCCAAAAAGUGAAGGACCUGUAUAGUAAAGUUAACGACAAUCGUCAUGGCAAUAUUGCUGUGUACAUUCCCGAGCUUGCAAAGGUUGAUCCUGAUCUGUGGGGUGUUUCUGUCUGCACUAUAGAUGGCCAGAUGCUUGAUCUUGGUAGUUCGAGUACGAAGUUCAGUAUUCAGUCGGCUGGAAAGUGUUUGAACUAUGCUAUUGCGUUGGAUCAAUUGUCAGCCGAUGUGGUGCACAGGUAUAUUGGUCAGGAGCAGAGUGGCAAGCAAUUUAAUUCUAUUUCUUUGAAUGCUGAAGGCAAGCCACAUAAUCCGAUGAUUAAUUCGGGUGCUAUCUUACUUUGCUCAUUACUAGAACGUGGCAAAUCAGUAUCGGAUAAAAUCAGUUUUAUUCUUAAAAUGUACGAGCAACUUUGUGGUGGCCAGCCUAUUGGCAUGAGUGCUUCGACCUACCUUUCAGAGAAAGAGACUGCUUACCAGAAUUUGGCAAUAGCUUACCUUCUAAAGGAACGACAGGCAUUUCCACCCGACAGUGCUUCCAUGUCAGAAGUACUUGAUUUCUACUUCCAUCUCUGUGCGAUUGAGAUUUACCAUACUGGAGCUGUUAUGGCUGCCACUUUAGCAAACGGUGGUGUCUGUCCGAUUACUGGAGUUCAAGUUGUCAGUCGUGAGGCGGUGAAGAAUUCUCUUUCACUGAUGCUGUCAUGUGGUUUAUAUGACUAUUCAGGUCAAUGGUCAUUCUCAGUCGGAUUGCCAGCGAAGUCUGGCGUGUCGGGAUGCAUUUUGGUUGUUGUACCAAAUGUGAUGGGCAUUUGCUUGUUUAGCCCACGUCUUGACCCUCACGGCAAUAGUGUGAGAGGAGUUCAUUUUUCGAAGGAAUUGGUGCGUCAAUACAGACUGCAUCAUUAUGAUCUGACCGAGUCGCAGUUACUUUCCGGUAGGAAUAUCCUAACAAGAAACGGUCGAGAAAUCGAGAUUAGGCAAGUUGCCGAGAUUCUCGACAGUGCUGCACAUGGUGAUGUCACCUUAUUGCAAGGCUACUUUCUUCAAGGGUUUGAUUUGAACGAUUGUGACUAUGAUCAGCGAACACCCCUGCAUCUGGCAGCUGCAGAAGGUCAACCAAGGGUUGUUAAGUUUCUCCUUGAAACAGCAAGAGUCACACACAGUCCGAUUGAUCGAUUUGGGUUGACCCCGUUGGAUGAAGCUUUGAGAGGUGGUCACCACGAUGUUGCUGCUGUAUUGAAAUCAGCUGGUGCUAUGUGCAAGAACGGAUCCGUUAUAUGUUAGGUGAACACAUGCUAUUCAGAAAGGAAUAUUUAGUCAAAAGUGACUGCUGUUGACACAAUAGAUUAACUUUUUGAUAUUUAUUGCAAAAUGGUGUAUGUUGAUUAUCACAAUUUCACUAUUAAAAUGACUGCUACUACAAUAGGCAAUACUAUCAAUAUGUGCAUUGACUUGAUGAUGAUGAUGGACUGAUAAUGAUUGCUGAAGUGCUGAAUGGAGAGCUAUUACUUGUUCACAUUAAUCACAGUUAGAUAACAU